CACCAUAUCCAAUUAAAGGGAAUCCUGCAAAUAUUGCAGCACAUUUUACUGACAAUGAUACAACUACAAAUGUUUUUCCAUUUAAAAAAAGUUCAGCAACAUACCAUGCUGCUUCAUUUAUUAAAUCUAAUUUUUACUCCCUGAAAUUUGCAGUUUCUUUCUUGGAGAAUAAUUACCUCAUGUCACCUGUGUAUUGUUUCCCUAUGCCCAGUUACUACAAGCAAUUGUGCAUUAAACUGCCAAACAGAUCAGAGGCAAAUGUCGUAGACAAACCAACUUAUGUUGCCGCUAUUGAGAAAAAUGAUCAUGCUGUAUUGCAAGAGAUCAUACAGAAUGUCACGCAGCUUCCUCUACUGGUAAAAGAUGUGCAGGAUAAAGCCCCAGCCAUGCCAGCUGCAAGCGGCAGUGAUUAUGAAACAUCUCAAGGAAAUGCUAAAGCCCUAGCCAUGCCAGCUCCAAUCUGCAGUGAUUAUGAAACAUCUCAAGAAAAUGAUGAUGCUACACUAGCUCCCCUGGCCCAACAGGACACAUCCAAAGUGCAGAAAGAAGAGAAAUUUCAGUGGACCCACAAGCGUGCGUUGCUUCUGAUCGAGUCGUAUCGCUGCCUGAAAGAUAAAUUUGACAGUAGUGCCAUACGGAAGAGCCAAGCUUGGAAGAUGGUGGCCGAGCGAAUGAGAGCGAAGGGAGUUGAUGAUGCAACAGGCAAUAUCAGUGAGAAAUGGCGGAGCCUGAAAUACAGAUGCCAUGACAGGGUUCCAACUGAGCAGUGAUUAUUUCCAUGACUGCAUGCAAAGAAUAACUACUGGCCAAACCUGAAUUUGAUUCUAUGACAGGGUUCCAACUUACAUGUAGCAGUGAUUAUUUCCAUGACUGAAUGCAAAGAAUAACUACUGGCCAAAUCUGAAUUUGGGGUGAGAGUUCCAUCAUUUUGUUAACGCACAGAAGUCCAAUGCAUCUCUACAGGGGAAAGAAUUAAGGGAACUUACACAGCCUCACAUGUCCUCCUGGCCAUGGCGUGUGAUGAAGACACCAGUGACACUCACCAAGAUGAGUCCAUCAUGAGAUUCUUGGCUUGGAUGGCCACAUUUGCGAGGACUUGAUGUUAUGGCCGGAAUCUUUGGGACAGUCUUUGGCGCCAGUCAGUCAGUAAUCCGCACAGUGCCUGGCGAAGGUCCUUGUUCCU